UUGGACUGCCGGUCAGGGGAAUGGCGGGCGAGUCCAAGGUGACAAUGCUGCUGGAAGCAAUGAGGGUCAGGGCGACCCCCAGCGUGUGCCAGAAGAAAGUUCUCCAGACCAGACUGGGGAAGCCGGUGCGGGGCAACGAGAUCAAGUUGGUCAAGAUGGCUGGGUCGAUUGGGGACCUCAGAGAUCGUGGCGAGAUUCCGGGUGGCAAGACUCCGGCUGGCAAGGCAGCUGGGGACAGCCAUGGGACGGAAGAUGGCAUGGAGACUCGUGGCACCGAGGAGGAUGUGAAUGGCAAGGACUCCGGACGGGAGCGUCAGCGAGGGCGAUGGCUCGGGAGCCCGGACCCUCGACCUCACGAUGGUGGCGGUGACACGUGGACUACCCGUACAACGACCCCUUCGACAUGGACGCCGCCUGCGAGUACGGAGCGACCCGGGACUACCACGCCGGACAACGAGACCUUCGAUCAAGGCCGACGCGCAGCACCCAGCGAGAAGAUGGCCGUCCCGACCUUCAAUGCGGAGUCGUGCGGUGACGAGUUGGGAGCUAGUGCCAGAUCCUAUCUUCGUCAAGUCGAUGCUUGGACUAAGGACGAGCGUGGAUCGAGGCUGAGGAGCUCGAUGUGGAGACGCUGGCUUCGCCCCGGCAUGUCCGUGUUCCGGCGCUGGGUCCAAGAGCGCUACCAGGAGAUCGAGGUGAGCAAGAUCGCCGAGGCCCUAACUCAGUUCUUCAAGAGACUGAAACGACAGCCUGGGCAAACGGUCCGGGAGUUCAACUCCGCCUUUGACAGGGCGCACACCCGGCUCCUUGAGAUCGAAUGCCGACUCCCCGAGGUGGCGAGGGCAUGGGCAUACCUGAACGCCUUGAGUCUGUCAAGUAGCGAGGAGCUGUCCUUGCUCGCCAGUGUCAACAACGAGUACAACACCGCCCGUCUGCAACGAGCCGCUACCCUUCAUGAGAAGAGUUUGCGGGCGCCAUGGAGUUUUCGGAAGCCUGCCUAUGGCAAUGCCGGAGGGGACCAUCGUGGAAAGGCAAAGGGUGUCUACCACACGGAGCUCGAGGAUAUCGAAGAGGAGGCCUACGACUUCGACGAAGAGGCGCGGGCAAAGGUCAAGGACGCGACCCGAGGCCGUACCUUCGACACUGCGAAGGGGCUCCCUGGAACCUCGGCUGAGAGACUGGCUCUUGCUAAGUCCCGGAGUUUUUGUGCUGGAUGCAAGCGACGUGGACAUUGGCAUCGUGAUCCGGAGUGUCCUCUCAACCAAGCGAAGGGCGGCGACCCAACCAAGUCCACUUCCAAGGACGGCAUCGGUGCAGGCAACUCGCCUGGAAAGCCUGGAGAUGGGAAGUCUGCCCGAGAAGCCUACGUGGUUCACGUGGCGUACGAGCUCGGGGACGCCCAUGUCAAGGAGGGCUUGCUAGCAAUCACUGACUGCGCCUGCAGCAAGACUGUAGCAGGACAACCCUGGCUGGAAGCCUACUUGGAGGCCGCGGGACGUGCUGGACUGGAUCCUCAGCUCGAGGCCUGUGAGGAGGAGUUCCGUUUUGGGGCAAGUCGCGUGUUCAAGGCCACCUACGCGGCCACAAUCCACUUCAACGUGCUCGGCAAGCACUUCGCGGUUAGGGCCUCCAUCGUCAAUGGAGAAGUGCCGCUACUUCUCAGCCGCAAGGUCCUGGCGGGUCUGGGGAUGAUCUAUGACAUCGCAGGCCACAAGGCAUCCUUUGAGCAGCGACUAUAA